CUAUUAGUGUGUCCAUAAUUGUACAACUAGUUGAAAUUUGUGAUUAACAAUGGCAUCAAGUGAGGAGCAGAAAAUAAAUCCAGAUAUACAAAAAGAGAGAGAUACAAGAACAUUUGAUUAUGAGGAACUAGCAAUGCUAUUGAAUGGUGGUAAAGAGGAAAGAGAAAAAAGAAAGAAAAUUGUAUCCAUCGUUGAAUCGGAUAGGGACUACGAUGGACCAGAUCCUUCUUUCAUGUCUAGAAUGGACAGAUUUGAAGAAUGGAUGAGAAAAUCAUCUCUUCUUGUUAAGAAGAAAGAAAAACUGGGCGAAUUGGUUCAAGAUCACAAGGAUUUUAUGUUUUAUAACUUAAAUGUCACCAAGAAAAGGCCUAAUGUCUUUUUUGAUCUUCAUUAUGGAAUGUUUGUGCCUACAUUGAUGGGCCAAGCAACUGAUGAACAAAGAGCAAAGUGGUUGAUACCUGCAAUAAAUCAUGAGAUUUUGGGCACAUAUGCUCAAACGGAAAUGGGCCACGGUACUUUCUUACGUGGACUUGAAACUACGGCUCAUUAUGAUCCAGAAACCGAAGAAUUUGAAAUUCAUUCACCGACAAUUUCAUCUAUUAAAUGGUGGCCUGGAACUUUGGGGAAAACCUGCAAUCAUGCUAUUGUUAUGGCCCAAUUGUAUACAAGGGGAGUUUGUCAUGGAAUUCAUGCAUUUAUGGUACAAAUUAGAAAUAUGGAAGAUCAUACAUCAAUGCCAGGUAUUACUCUUGGUGAUAUUGGGCCUAAAUUUGGUUACAAUGAAAACGACAAUGGAUUUUUAAAACUUGAUCAUGUCAGAGUUCCUCGUGAUAAUAUGUUGAUGAAACAUUCGCAGGUUUUGGAAGAUGGUACCUAUGUUGCUGCUCCUCGUAAAAAUUUAACCUAUGGUACAAUGACAAUGGUACGAAGUUUUAUCGUUCGUGAUGCUGCUUAUGCACUUGCUCGUGCUUGUACAAUUGCUAUCAGAUACAGUGCUGUUAGGAGACAAAGUGAAUUGAGACCAGGGGAACCAGAACCACAGAUACUCUCUUAUCCAACUCAGCAGCAUAAACUGUUUCCACUUCUUGCAACAUCUUACGCAUUUUUCUUUGCCCAAUUACAUAUGGUUGAAAUGUAUGGAAGUGUUAACGAAGCUGUUGGAAAAGGAGAUUACUCAAAUAUGCAAGAGCUUCACUCAGUAUCAUCUGGAUUAAAAGCUUUUACAACAUGGACAACAAACAGUGGGAUUGAAGUUUGUAGAAUGUCAUGUGGAGGACAUGGUUAUUCAUUAGCUAGUGGAUUACCUGAACUCUAUACAUAUUUUACUCCCAACUGUACUUAUGAAGGAGAAAACACAGUACUCAUGUUGCAAAAUGCAAGGUAUUUGAUCAAAUGUGCAAGAGAAGGCAGCAAUGGAGCUAAGUCAGUUGCCUAUAUUCAUCAAGAUGCUCCGCAGAUGAGACAAUAUGUUGAUUUCAAUGAUCUUGAUACGAUUUGUAAGCUGUAUGAGCAAAGAGCCAGAGGAUUGGUGAAAUUUGCUGCAAACAAGGUAGAAGAGGAAGUGAGGAAUGGUGAAGAUUUAGUUGGUGCUCUCAAUAAAGUAUCUGUACAUUCAGUUCGUGCUGCCAACGCUCAUUGUCACUACUUUGUUGUGAAAAACUUUGUUGAUGAAAUCAAGACUUUGGAAUUAUCACCUGGGUUGAGGUCAGUUCUCAUGGAUUUGGCACGAUUGUAUGCACUUGACGGUCUAUCAAAGAACAGUGGCGAGUUCAUGGAGGAAGGACUUUUGUCAGGCAAAGAUGUGAAACAGUGUCAUCAACUUGUUGUAGAGUUGUUGCCAAAGAUUCGACCAAAUGCAGUUUCUCUUGUAGACUCAUAUGAAUUCUCUGACAAAAUUCUUAUGUCAGUGUUGGGAAGAUAUGAUGGAAAUGUUUAUCCUAACCUUCUGGAAUGGGCAAUGAAGUCGGAGUUGAAUAAAACAGAUGUCAUUCCUGCGUACGAAAAACACAUCCGACCUCUGCUCAAACGACACCAAAUGUCGAAAUUGUGAAGGCACUAUCAAGAUUUUAAUUCAUCAUUUCUAGAAAGUGUUUCCCAAAUCAUGAAGCUAUACUUCUAUUCCUUUUAGCUACUAAAAAAGUUUUCAAAUAAUGGAGCAAUGUUUAAAUUUUUGUCUCAUCAAAUUUAUGCAGUCAUCAUUCUGAAAAUGGUUCAGAUAAUUCUAUAAAAUAUAUCAGCAUUAACAAUACAUUAAUUUUAAACCUUUUAAUUCAAAAAGGUAUUUUGUUACAUUUAUUUUCUUUAUAUUUGUGUACAAUUAAAUUAAAUUUCUUCUUCUUAAUUAAGUACUACUGACUAAAUAUUAUGCAUGCUCUUGCAGUAUUCAGACUAUGCUGAAAAUGCAAUUUCUUCACGCUGGAGACUGUUGUCACACCUAGAUAUUUUGUGUAAUUAGGAUAAUUAACUCAAAAAUAAUAGAUGGGCAAACUUGAAGUUAUGUAUACAAUUUCAUAAUCCUUAAAUCAAGUGCAAUAAAAACGGUUAUCACG